AGAAACUACUGAGCAAAGCUAGCAAGUCAGACUGAGAGUAGGAUACAGUUUUUUCAAAGUUUCUAGCUCUUGUGGUAGCUCUUGUAGUAGUACUGGUUAGACGCUGGUUGUCGUGGUCAUUGUUAGCUUCUCGAUCUUUUGGUGUUGUGGUCUGAAGGCACCCCUAAAUUAGAGUUACCAUGAAGCUUUUUGGCGUGCAAGUGUUUCAUAAACCGUCAGACACCAAAGCCAACCUGCAGAAAGGAGAAUAUGACUUGACAUCUUUCGGAUACUUUCAACGAUCUAAAGUACAAGAGUUCAUGGUGUUCACUGGUCAGGUCUUAGUGGAACGAACACAUGCUGGCGAAAGGAAGUCUGUGAAAGAACAAGAGUACCUGUGCCAUGUAUACGUCAGGUCAGAUAACACUGGAGCAGUCCUCAUUGCAGACCAGGAGUAUCCACAGAGAGUUGCCUUUACGUUUCUCAACAAGGUAUUAGAACAGUUUGUGACGGAUUUUCCUCGGCGUCCACUUCCUUCUGGUGAAGCUCAGACGUACCCAGUCGUUGCAGAGCUUCUAAAGAAAUAUCAGGACCCCAAGCAGGCUGACUCAAUCAGCAAAGUGCAGGCAGAACUGGACGAGACCAAGAUCAUUCUGUACGAUACCAUAGAGAGUGUCUUGCAGAGAGGAGAGAAGCUGGAUGACCUCGUCCAGAAGUCGGAGUAUUUGAGCUACACAUCGAAAACAUUCUACCAAGAGGCAAAGAAGACCAACUCUUGCUGCCUCAUUCUCUGAGUCCCGCUGCUGCUACAGCCUUAGCAGUACAGGUAUUCUCAAGUCCUGAAGGUGUGUGUGUGUGUGUUGUGUGAGUGUGGCUGGGCGUGGUGUGUUGUGUAUAAAGGAGCCGUUGCUGUAUAAUAUUCGCACUGUCAUAAUUUUAUUCCACUUUAUCCAGUUCUUCUUCUUCCUUGUCUUUCGCUUCUUUUCCGUAUCCUAGUUUAGUCCCGAUCGUGCUCUUGUACAUAGCAUUUCCGUGUGUACGUUCAUGCUGUGUCAGCCUACCAAUAUAGCCUGUAGUGGAUCAAAACGUCUUUAUCUGCUAUAAAUAUCAUGUGCUGCGUGCACAAUAGAAUCACUGCAGUUGGUCUGUGUUGCUAGGAUGUUCUUGCCAUGUUUUUUUGUUUUUUACUAGACGGUAUCAUGUACCGUAUUGGCACUCUUGUUUUAUGCUAUGCCUUUGAGAGACUGUUCCAUAGGUUUAGUCUUGCUGCUAUGUACAUGUAAUUGCUCUGUAGACUUGCUCUUUAGUUGGAGGAGCUUAGGGCUAUUUGCUAAAAAUUAAUACGAAUUUUGAAUCAAAUCUAUUCUGUUUUCUGGGAACAGUUCUGUACUUUCCAUCACAUAACUUUUCUUUUUAAGAAUGCCUUGCUUUACAUGUUCAA